AUGAUAAUGAAAAAAAUAGCUCUACUUCUACUUAUAUCUCUCUAUAUAGAGGCAUACUCCAUCCGGCUUCCAAGUAGACACAAAAAUAAGUGCCAAACUGAUUUGGACUGCCCAGUUCUUGAUUGCUUGACGUAUCCAUGUGACACAUUUGUAUGUGAAAAUAGGAAAUGCGUCGUAAGGAGCACCAAAGAAAUUUGUGUCAUCGGAGGAUGUUCGGGUCAACUAUGCGUCAGCUAUUAUGAAAACGGAAGUUCUACUUGUGAGUGGAAACCAGUGUAUGGGUGCUACAGUGAAUAUGGGAACUGCAGCUUGAUUGAUGGAAAAUGCCAAUGGGAACCCACGGAGGAGCUCAAGGCCUGCAUCAAUGAUCGAGGACAAGCUAAAUUGGAAUAUUAA